AUGGGGCAACAACACAGAAGAGAAAACAAGAGGAGUCGAGGUACAUCAACGCCAAGAACUGAUGGGGCAACAAUACAGAAGAAAAGACAAGAGGUGCCGAGGUACAACAACCCUAAGACCAGAUGGGCAACAACACAGAAGAAAAGACAAGAGGAGCCGAGGUACAAUAACGCCAAGAACAGAUGGGGCAACAAUACAGAAGAGAAAACAAGAGGAGUCGAGGUACAUCAACGCCAAGAACUGAUGGGGCAACAAUACAGAAGAAAAGACAAGAGGAGUCGAGGUACAACAACCCCAAGAACAGAUGGGGCAACAAUACAGAAGAGAAGACCAGAGGAGCCGAGUUACAACAACGGCAAAAACAGAUGGGGCAACAAUCCAGAAGAGAAAACAAGAGGAGACGAGGUACAUCAACGCCAAGAGCUGAUGGGGCAACAAUACAGAAGAAAAGACACGAGGAGCCGAGGUACAAUCACGCCAAGAACAGAUGGGACAAAAAUACAGAAGGAAAAGACAAGAAGAGCCGAAGUAUAA